AUGAAGGAUAAGCUGGAGAAGAGAAAGGAUUUUACAGUGCGAGCCUGUGAGACGAUAUCCGCGGCGGAUACGAAUAUUGCCGAUAUCUCUGGCGAUAUUAUUCGCCGUGAUCUGGGAAGGCGGAUACAGAUAUCGAAUAUUUAUUCGAUGCUUUUGCUUGCGGAGGACUUGAUCCGCCGAGAUGGCGCUUAUGUCUGCCAUUGCUCCAAAAGUGAAAUUGCCCAGCAACGCGGGGGCGGUAAAGGGGCCACUCCUCGUUACGCUUGCUGCCACAGGAAUCAUCCAAUUGAUGAGUCACUUGCAGAGUUUAGAGCAAUGCGGGACGGGAAAUAUGGUCCUCAAGAGGCUUUGCUUCGCAUGAAGCAGGAUUUGGGCUCUAAUAACCCCCAAAUGUGGGAUCUAACUGCCUAUCGUGUGAUUCAACUAGCGAAGUCCAGCAAUGUAGAAGAAGCCGUUGGUGGGGAAAUCCCAGACAGUACAAUUGGAAUCCACUAUCGUACUGGAGACAAAUGGAAAAUUUACCCAACAUACGACUUCACUCAUUGUUUGGUGGAUAGCUUGGAAGGAAUUACGCACUCCCUAUGCACGACUGAAUUUGAGACGGCGAGAACUUCCUACAACUGGCUGUGUGACACACUUGGUGUUUAUAGGCCGAUGCAACGAGAAUAUGGCCGACUCAAUCUAUCUGGCACAGUGCUGUCCAAACGGAAGAUCAUGGACCUGAUUUCAAAGGGACAUGUCCGUGACUGGGACGACCCGCGUCUGUACACACUUAUUGCUCUUCGACGUCGUGGUAUUCCGCUCGGGGCCAUCCUUUCCGACUUCCGCGAGACGCCUAGUAAGGACUUUUUUCGGCUCACUCCAGGCACAUCGGUCGGCUUGCUCAAAGUACCGUUUCCCAUAACCGCGACCACCUUCGAGAAAGAUCCAGAUAGCGGGCUUGUCACAUUGGUACACGCUAAAUACGAUAAGCCUGCGGAAUGCGCAAAGUUCAAAAAGCCUAAAGCCCCUGUUAAGGCCUGCGUUCGUAUCCACAAUUUCCUGUUCACCUGCGACAAUCCCGACACGCACCCUGAUGGUUUUCUUUCUGUUGUUAAUCCACAGUCCGAGGAGGUCUACCCGAAUGCUAUGAUCGAUAUCGGCCUGGAAGAAAUCACCCGAAGAGCUCCUUGGCCGAAAACCAAAAGUGAGGAAAUGCCAACGGAUUCUCAGAUAACUCCAGAGAGUGUUCGAUUUCAGGGGAUGCGAGUGGCAUAUUUUUGUCUAGAUCCGGAUAGCACAGCCGAUUACAAAGUCCUGAAUAGGAUUGUGUCGUUGAAGGAAGACACAAAAAAAUAACGGUUGAGUCUUGUGUAACAUUACAGCUUUGUGUAGCGUUACUCAAUAGCCGCAUAAAGCUUGUUUCUAGGGCAAUUAUAUCUCAAUGG